AUGACGGAAGAAGUGUGGAAGAUAAGAAAUUAUAACGAAGAAAAACAUCAACUUUCUGAUUGUUGGGAAUUGUGGGUUGAUGAGAUGAGUGAAUCCUUUUCAUCUUCUGAACUGAAUGCAAGGUCUAUUGCUAUAUUUCAAACUGUUGAAGAAUUUUGGAGUGUAUAUUCUUCAAUGAGUUCAUUACAAGUUAUGCCAAAAGGAGUUGACGUUUAUUUAUUAAAGAGUGGAAAUAGUCCAAAUAAUGGUCAAAAAAUUAUUCUUUCAUUUAGUGAGAAAGUGAAAAGUGAAUGGGAUUUAAUUUAUCAACAAAUAGUAUUAUUGUGUGUUGGUUCUACAAUCAGUUAUUAUACUUCAUUAGUUGGUAUAUCAUAUAGUGUUGGAAGUAGUUUAAAAAUAUCAAUAUGGUAUUCUGGUUCAAAUGAAACAAUGUUAAGUGAUGUAGUUAGAGAUAUUAAUUUAAUUCCUAAUAUGGUGGAACACACAACUCGAAUAUCAAUAAAGAAUUAA